GACCCGUUGCAUUGUAUAACACCUGUCGGUGUCGAAAACAACUUGGUCUCCGUUCCAUCUUGCCCAUCUUCGUUCGGGUAUGCUGCGGUGAGUGAUCUACUCACAGGAUCUAUAUACCAUGUAUGCCUCUUGAAUGGUCUGUUAGCGCCAUUCAAAACAAAGGGAGUCGUGUGAAAUGGUACAAAGUGACUCGGACGUGAGGGAAAUGCUUUCUUUCUGUACUUCUUAUUCUGGGGAACAAUGAGAACCAUUCUCGUCAGAGCUUUGACGCUUCAGCAAACGCCCAAUGAAUGUGCAUACAUUGUUCAUUUUCCGGGUUUAGGCUGUACACCGCGGACCGCGUUUCAUCGAACAAUACCUCUCCCACCUUUUGAGACACUCACCGCCCAAAUCAUGUUUUUCCAAGACGUUGUAUCGGAGAAAAUGCCUCUUUCUCGAAUGUCGCGAAUCUUGUUCCGUGUUAUCUCUCGCCUUGUACAACCUCGUUGGAGUCAAGAUGGGCAGUUUUCAAUUUCCAAUGUGUCUCUCCUGGUCUUGGAUUUGAGUGCUGAACAUUAUCCAACUCAUGCCCUGUUCGCAUUCUCGCCACGCGACCCAUCGCGGAUGAGCAUGUACCUGGUGCAUUCUAUUGUUCUAGAGAUGUUUUGCCCUGCCUUGCAUGCUUCCCUUCCAUUUUCACCAACUUCCUGUAUGACUUUUACACCAACGGUUCGUCCCCGUGUAGUUAUCGUUCCCGCCCACCCGAUAUGCAUUGCUUAUCCAGAAGCAUUUGGUGUCCUCUUACCUUACUUUUACGACCGAGAUACACAUUUUCUUGUUUCCCAAUGUCUACCCUUGUCAAAGUGGAUCCGGACCUCCCAAGACCCUUUCGCUGAAUUGGAGGACGAGUCUUCAAGAGUGUCCCUUGGCUACUUCCUCGCCCAGAUGGCACCGUACAUGACACUCAUCGAGCACACCGUGAAGACAACCAUGUUAGCGAGAACCGCUUGGCAAUUGAUUGUCCUCGACGAUAAAUUGUGGAGGGUGCUCAAAUGUUGUUACGACAUAUUGCUGAACGCUCUUGCAUUUACUACUACGGGCCAGUCUCUGUGUGCUGUAUGACUCGUACACUGUGGUGCAGAGAUGGGGAGGGUAGGGAUCGACAAAAGCAGGUCAACCGUUAUGUAGAUGGAGGAAGAGUAUUGCAAAUCAGAUUGGUGUAUUACAUAGCAAUAAUGGAGCCCCUGUUGCCCUUUGCACACACUACACACACAUAUGACUGAAAUGUGCUCGGACUCGGAAUUAUCUCUGACCGUAUCCACUUUCACUCGGUCCGCAAUUCAUCCCUUUCGUCGAAAGUAAUCCUCGUGAACAUGACAGCCCCUCAACAGCUGGUGUGGUUUAUCACAGG